AUGGAUGAGGAUGUUUUGUUUGAACUAGCAGACACGACCGACAGAUCAGAUAAAAAGUAUGAAGGCAUUGGACUGUGUGUGUGUUUUGGUCAUAAUGGAAACCUGACGCACACCCCCGAACUGCAUGGACGGGCACUUUGCAACCAUCUGUACCUGGCCAGUUCGAAAAACGGCCGACUGAAGGGUAACGUAUUUUCAGACGAAUGCCAGGUGGCGCCGGUGGGGUUCGAGGAGGUGGCCGUGUAUUUCUCCCGGGAGGAGUGGGGGCUCCUGGACGAAGGGCAGAGGCAGCUCUACAGGGACGUCAUGCAGGAGAAUUACCAGACUCUGAUCUCGCUGGGAUUCCCCGUCCCCGACCCGGCCGCGAUCUCCUGGAUGGAGCCAGGGGAAGAGCCGAGGGUCCCGGAUCUCCAGGGCUCUGAGGAAAGCGAGACCACCCGCACAGCAGGCGAGAGGCGCUGGAGGCGGAGCCAGGAGAAUCCCAUCCAGGGAAGCCUCAAGAGGCUGGACCCCCAGCAGACCUUCCCGGGGAUAGCCCGGAAGUGGGCCAUGCAGAACCCUAGCCAGGGCAGGGCUUGGGGGAGCCAGCAGGGGGCCCUUGGUGCUAGAGGGCAGGAGGUGCCCCCGCCUGGCAGAUCUGCUACAUCUGGCCGCCAGGAGCGAGGCUUCGGCCGGCUCCUGGGCAUCCUCUUCGAGCCCUCGGCCGUGGCAAGGCCGCUUCGGCCCAGGGAGCGCGGGAGGGCCCCUGGGCGCAGCAAGGGCUCCGGGAGGCCCUACGGCUGCACCGAGUGCGACAAGAGCUUCCGGCAGAAGCCGCACUUGGUGACUCACCUGCGCACCCACACGGGCGAGCGGCCCUACCUGUGCGCUGCCUGCGGCCGGGCCUUCGGCCAGAGCUCCAACCUGAUCGAGCACCAGCGCACCCACGCCGGCGAGACCCGCUUCCGCUGCCCCGACUGCGGGAAGUGCUUCGGUCUCAGCUCCAACCUGGUGCAGCACCAGCGCCUCCCCGCAGGGGAGCGGCCCUACCGCUGCGCCCAGUGCGGGAGGAGCUCCUGCCACAAGCACCAGCUGACCCGGCACUACCAGGGACACGCCGAGGAGGAGGCCGUUGCAGUGCUGAGCCUGGGACCCACCCCGGUGGUAGAGAUCAGGGAUGCACCGUGA